GAGAAUAGCCAAGCCAAAGCCAAGUGCCAAGUGUUUGCGUUUGCUCAGUGCAACGACCUUAUCGCCAUUUCCAGUUCCAGUAUUCCAGUGUAUUCGCAAUCUCAACGCACGCCCGUGUCGCCCAGUCAGUGACUCUCCACUUGCCGUUCGCCGCAGUCGUUGCCGCUCUCCACAUCAUCAUCAUCAACAUGGGACUCGAGAAGCUAUUGCCCUGCACCGUUAAGCUGUCCAGUAUAUUGGCCAAGUCCAGCUACGAUGUGCUGUGCGUCAUUGAUCGCGCUGUGCCCGCCGAGCUGGCCGACACGUUCGAGGAGCAUCGCGCCUUCGACAAGGCCUUCGACAGCGUCGUCUCGUGCUUCAAGUCGUCGCAACUGAAUCUGCCCGUGAUCUAUGCGCCCGUCCAGGAGCUGACGGACUAUGCCGACGUGCGCUGCUAUCAGAAGGCGGCCGCCCAGUCCCUGCAGCGUGCCAUUAAGGCCGGCUUCCAAGCGCCGCUUCUGGUGGUGCCCAAGAGCAAACGCUUCUCUCAGGCGGAGCUGUGCACGGUCCUUGGCGCUCUGGAGGAGCUCUAUGUGCCCAUUCAACUGCGCGAGGAUGUCCCCGCGAAGAAGCAACGCAUCAGCUCGCUGUCCGUACUGAUUGAUAGUCCCAAUGCGGAGCGGAUCAUGCAGGAGGCGCUGGUUCUGGAAUCUGGUCGCCUGAUUGCCCGCGACAUUGGCGGCGGAGAUCCGGAACGCAUGGCACCACCGCUCGUGGAGGCCUACAUAAAACCGUUGUUCGCCAAUCUGUCCGUCAAGGUGAUCGACGACGUGAAUGUCAUUAACCGAGAGUAUCCGCUGUUCGCUGCUGUCAAUCGUGCUGCUCAUUCCGUGGAGCGGCAUCGUGGUCGGAUCAUCUACCUCGAGUACAAGCCGCCCGGUCCGGCGACCAAGACGCUGAUGCUGGUCGGCAAGGGCGUGACCUAUGACACGGGCGGCGCCGACAUCAAGGCCGGCGGCGUCAUGGCCGGCAUGUCGCGGGACAAGUGCGGAGCCGCCGCCGUCGCCGGCUUCAUGCAGGUGGUCAGCGAGCUGAAGCCGCAGAAUGUGCACGUCAUUGGCGCGCUCUGCCUGGUGCGCAAUUCGGUGGGUGAGGAGUGCUAUGUGUCCGACGAGCUGAUCACCUCGCGUGCCGGCGUUCGUGUCCGGAUUGGCAACACGGAUGCCGAGGGUCGCAUGUGCAUGGCCGAUGUGCUGUGCCGCAUGAAGGAGCUGGCCGUUGAGGGAAAUCUGCCCGAUCCGCAUAUCUUUACCAUUGCCACGCUGACGGGCCAUGCCUUCAUAUCGGCCGGCGAGGGUCAGUCCAUCAUUGUGGACAACAGCGUGGCCGCCAAGGAGGAUCAUGCACGCAAACUGCAGGCCGCUGGCCAGGCCUACGGCGAACCUUUCGAGGUCUCCGUGCUGCGCCAGUGCGACUUCGACUUCAAUGCCGCCAAGGCCAUUGGCGAGGAUGUCGUCCAGGCCAACAAUGCGCCAUCGGUGAGGACACCGCGCGGCCACCAAGUGCCCGCCGCCUUCAUGAUCCAGGCUACGGGCCUCGACAAGCAUGGCGUCGACUCCCCGCUGCCGCUCAAGUAUACCCAUCUGGACAUUGCCGGCAGCGCCGGGGAGUAUCCCCUCAUGCCCACAGCUGCGCCCAUUGUGGCUCUGGUCAAGACCCAUUUGAUUGACUAGCUGCGAUCCGGGCUCCAGGAAUAUAUACAAGCGCCGUACUUAUCCUUAUCCUUAUAUAAUCACUGUAUGCAUCACAGCUCAAUGUGAAUAAACGUCUUUGUAUUAAUAUACUCAAUUUAAAAUACA